GUCUGGUUGAAGCUGUCAGUCCAGUAGCCUAGUCUAAGGUCGCUGCGCGCGUGUCUUUCAAGGUUUUCCAUUCCCUUGCUGGGAGUUCAGUCUGUGUGUUAUCACUAUGAGACGGGUGUCGUUCAAGCGGUCAAUCGUCAUACUGGGGGGGAUCGGGCUCCUCGUCUACGUGGGCAUGUUUCUAAAGGGUAGAUAUGAGCCUGAAGAUGAGACUGACAAACAGCUAGACACACCGCGUAUGAGCAGGAGUUUUUCUGACCUGGAGACAAGCAUCAACAAUCUCCACAAUGUAGUCAGAGCUUUUGAGAAAAAGCAGGACACCAUGCAGAAAAUGCUCGAAGAGGACAGACUCAGAUGGAGAAAAGCUGCAGAGGUCGAACAGCCAGCUGUCAAAACACAGCCAGAGCAGCAAGAGAAACCUGAAGCAAAAGUCCCGGACCAAGAGAAAAAGUCUAAUAAACUGUUUCCCAAAUCUCCCCUGUUCGUGACGUGGGGGGAGAAUCUCUCGGAGGAUGACCAAAGAGAGGCACAGGCUUUGUUUGACAAGUAUGGAUACAACGUUUUUCUCAGCGAUCGCCUUCCUCUAGACCGAGCUCUUCCAGAUACCAGGGAUCCAAGGUGUCUGAAAAAGAGUUACUCAGAAGACUUACCAAGUAUUGGAGUAGUAUUGAUCUACCUGAAUGAGGCCCUGUCUAUUAUCAAAAGAGCUAUGCGCAGCAUCAUUGACCGCACCCCUAAACACCUGCUGAAGGAGAUAAUAUUGGUGGAUGACAAUAGCUCUGAAGAAAACCUGAAGGGUGACCUUGACAUGUACGUGAAGUCGCUCGAGCAGGAGGACCCCAGUCUCUCUAUUAAAAGGGUGAGGCACAAUGUGUCUUAUGGCCUGUCUCACGCCAGGGCUUCUGGCUGGAGGGCUGCUACUGCUGACGUGGUGGCCAUCCUGGAUGCGCACAUCGAAGUCCAUGAGCUGUGGGCGGAACCCCUGCUGACGCAGAUCAAGGCUGACCGAACGGUGGUGACAUCCCCUGUGUUUGACAAAGUAAACUUUGAUGACCUCACGGUUAUUCCAUACCAGCCAGCAUCACACGCCUUCGACUGGGCUUUAUGGUGCAUGUAUGAGAGUUUUUCAGACGAGUAUUACAAACUCAAAGACGGCUCGUUGCCUGGAAAAAGUCCAUCGGUCAUGGGGAUCCUAGUUGCUGAAAGAAAGUAUCUGGGAGAAAUCGGACUCCUCGAUGAAGGAAUGAAAGUGUACGGUGGAGAAAAUGUUGAGCUGGGCAUUCGAGUGUGGACAUGUGGAGGCAGUAUUGAAGUAGUUCCAUGCUCCAAGAUCGCCCACAUUGAGAGGGCCCACAAGCCCUACAUGCCUGACCUGAGCAAAGCCAUGAAGAGAAACGCCCUGAGGGUAGCAGAAGUCUGGAUGGAUGAAUACAAACACAACGUCAACUUGGCUUGGAACUUGCCGUUUGAGAAUCACGGAAUUGACAUUGGGGAUAUCUCUGAAAGGAAAAAACUGAGGGAAAGGUUGCACUGUAAACCUUUCAAAUGGUAUCUGGAAAAUGUGUAUCCCAAGUUGGAUCCCUUGACUGACCUAGUUGCCUAUGGAGGAAUGAGGAAUCUUGAUGCUGACAGGUGCAUAGACCAAGGACCAGUACCAGGUCACACACCCAUUGCCUACAAUUGCUACUACUAUGGACCUCAAAUGUGUUAUUAUCGGUCAGAUGGUGAGCUCUAUAUCGGCGGCAUCAAGUCCCACAAGUACAAUGACAACCGGUGUUUAACUGACCCGGGGAAAAAAGAAACGGAGCCUGGCCUUCAUAACUGCAAAGAGGCUAAGCAGAAAGGAAUGGGAAUUCACUGGGACUUCACUCAGGGCAAAGAACUGAAGAACAGAGAUACAAAAAGGUGUCUGGAGAUUAAGAACGGCCUGCUUCUAAUACAGGAAUGCUCUGGCCAAAAAUGGGAAAUCCAAAACAUAAUCAAAGCCUUUUAAAGCGUGUGGCCAACAAGAAGUGAACUUCUCUGCUCAUUGGUCAGUGAAUAAUAUCACCUGAAUGUGUAAAAUGGACAUUUGCUCAACAGUUUAUGAAUGGACAAAGUCAUUAUUUGUACUAUUUAUUAUUCUGCCAAUAAAAAAAAAGAGUUAUAUAAAACUGAAGAGUUAUAUUUGCUAAUUGGACCAGGGUACUGUCAAAGAUAUGCAAGCUGUCUCCCAGGAGGUCUGUCUAUAUUACAAGUAUUGUGUGGGAAAGAGCAUUGCUGGGAUCGCUGACACACAGCAUCUUAUAAAUACUGCUUAUGAAGGAGAUACCCAAAAUUAUGCAAUUUA